UCAGUGGAUGCACCAUGCUCUACUACCAGCUUUUUUCGUAUUUGGAAGAUAACAACAUCCUUGAUGUCGACAAUGAAAUCCACCUUUUUUGCCUGCAUUAUGUAUUUUUGCCCCGUGUUAAUCAAAGUCUUCAACAAUUCAUACAGAUGUGGAACAAUCACCCUCUUGGGACCGAACGUAAUAUGUCUCCUACCCAGCUGUGGAUGACAGCAGAGCACCCAGAUGAUGUUGAAUUAACUCUACAGGAUCAAUCGUGGUAUGGACUGGAUUGGGAUGGACCAUUCCUCCAUGCCGGGGAUUCAGUCGUUGAAGUUUCACCUCCAUUGAUUCUCUCAGCCAGAAGUACUUAUGAUGAGCUAACUCGCCAG